CAAAAACGGAACUGCGGCUGCCGCAGAGACCAAAGAAAACCGGAGGGACUUUACCCAGUUGGUGAUAUGGAGCAAGUGCCAUCAACAGGCAGACUCGUGCAGAUCACUGUGACAGAGGGAUAUGAUUUGAAAGGUUUUAAAGGAGAUACUCCAGUUACCUUUAUUCGUGCAGAAUUCAAUCAAGUGGUUCUGGGAGACUCUGCAAAAAUUACUGUUUCUCCAGAAGGAACUGCAAAAUACAACUUCACUAGCAGUUUUGAGUUUAAUCCUGAAGGAGGAAUCACUUUAGAUGACCUCGCUCACAAACCUGUGUUCUUAACUGUGACUGAAGUUUUACCAAAGGAAAAGAAACAGAAAGAAGAAAAGACCUUAAUUCUUGGUCAAGCUGUGGUGGAUCUUCUUCCCUUACUGGAAGGACAGAGUUCAUUUCAAACAGCGGUUCCAUUGCACCCUGUGCAGGGCUCACCCUUAGAGACUCCUAGUUCAAGUGUUAAGCAAUGCAGUCUCGAAGUUAAAGUAUUAGUGGCAGAACCUUUACUGACCACAGCCCAGAUCUCAGAGGGCAAUCUACUGAAGGUCACAUUGGAGGCUGCUUACUCCGUGCCUGAAUCCUUCAUUCCAACAGGUCCUGGGCAGAACUACAUGGUUGGUCUGCAAGUGCCAUCAGUUGGAGAGAAAGACUAUCCCAUUUUAUUUAAGAAUGGAACUCUGAAGCUUGGAGGGGAAAGAGAACCUGUUCCCCGGCCCAAAAAAUGGCCCAUUGCCAACAUACUGGCUCCAGGAGCUAAUAACAUUCCUGAUGCAUUCAUCGUUGGUGGUCCCUAUGAAGAAGAAGAUGGAGAACUCAACCAUCCUGAGGACAGGGAAUUUAGGAAUCAAGCAGAGUGCAUAAAGAAAAGGAUUAUUUGGGACCUGGAAAGUCGCUGCUACCUUGAUCCUCCUGCAGUGGUCAGUUUUCAGAAGCGAAUUGCCGAUUGCCGGCUUUGGCCUGUAGAGAUCACAAGAGUUCCUCUGAUUACUGUAUCCAAAGGGAAAGCUGGCAAAACUGAAAAGACUGAUGAAGAAGGUCAGCUUUCGUUUCAUGGUGUGGCUUAUGUUAAUAUGGUCCCAUUAUUGUAUCCAGGUGUGAAGAGAAUUCGGGGAGCUUUUCACGUUUACCCUUACCUAGACAAUGUAGUCCAUGAAAAGACCAAGUGUUUAUUCAGCUUGUUUCGGGAUCUUGGCCAUCACUUGAUUCAUAAUAAUAAAAUAGGAGGAAUUAUUUCUCCACUGUCCAAGCCAGCUGUUCCUAAGAAUCUGAAAGAAGAUAAACCAGUGAAAGAAAAAGAUAUAGAUGGAAGGCUGAGGCCUGGGGAUAUGCAGGCACCUAGUAUAAAAUCUCAGAGCUCAGAUACUCCUUUGGAAGGUGAACCCCCUCUAAGUCACAAUCCUGAAGGACAGCAAUACAUAGAAGCAAGGACAUACAUUGUGUUAGAAAUUCAGCUGGACAAAGCCUUGGUUCCAAAGCGAAUGCCAGAGGAGCUAGCCAGAAGGGUUAAGGAAAUGAUUCCUCCAAGGCCUCCUCUUACCCGUCGGACAGGAGGAGCUCAGAAGGCAGUGAGUGACUACCACAUACAGAUCAAGAAUAUUUCUAGAGCCAUUCUAGAUGAAUACUACAGAAUGUUUGGAAAACAGGUGGCCACACUGGAGAGUGAUAUGGAUAGUGAAACCUUGGAGGAGCAGAAGUGCCAGCUGAGCUAUGAACUUAAUUGCUCUGGAAAAUACUUUGCUUUCAAAGAACAACUCAAGCAUGCUGUGGUAAAGAUUGUGAGAGAGAAAUACUUAAAGACAACAUCAUUUGAAAGCCAAGAGGAACUGCAGACAUUUAUCAGUGAGCUCUACGUGUUCUUAGUAGAUCAGAUGCAUGUAGCCCUAAACCAGACCAUGCCAGAAGAUGCCCAAGGCACUAUUGCAACCAUUUAUACAAGCAGUGAACAGCUUAGACUCUUUGCGUUUGAAGCAGAAGUCAAUGAGAACUUUGAAAUGGCAGCAGCAUAUUAUAAAGAGAGAUUGGUUCGUGAGCCCCAGAAUCUGGAUCACUGGUUGGACUAUGGUGCCUUCUGCCUCUUAACUGAAGACAACAUCAAAGCACAAGAGUGUUUUCGGAAAGCGCUUUCCCUCAACCAGAGUCAUAUCCACAGCUUGUUGCUGUGUGGUGUCCUGGCUGUCCUGUUGGAGAACUAUGAGCAAGCAGAAAUUUUCUUUGAGGAUGCUACUUGCUUGGAACCAACUAAUGUUGUAGCCUGGACUUUACUUGGUUUGUACUAUGAAAUUCAAAACAAUGAUAUUCGAAUGGAAAUGGCAUUUCAUGAGGCCUCCAAACAGCUUCAGGCACGAAUGAUUCAGGCACACGUAACAAAGCAAAAGAGCAUUGGUACUGUAGAGGACAUUGAGGAAGGAGGGAAGAGAGAAUCCAGUUUAGGCCCUUGGGGAAUCACAAAUGGUUCUGCAACAGCAAUCAAGGUGGAAGCCCCAGCAGGACCAGGAGCUACAUUAUCUGUUCUAGACAAAUUUCUUGAAGAAUCCUCCAAACUGCAGUCUGAUUCACGAGAACCCAUUUUGCCUACACAAACUUGGGAUCCAAGUAUAAACCAAAAUUUAUCUAACACAUUUAUCAAGGAGGUACCAGCAAAGAAAGAAGUAUCAAAAUGCAAAGAUUCAUCAGCUCUUCUGCAUCCUGGCCUUCAUUAUGGUGUUUCUCAAACUACCACCAUCUUCAUGGAGACCAUACAUUUCUUGAUGAAUGUCAAGGCCGUGCAGUUUGUGCACAGAGUGCUUGCACAUGAGCUGUUAUGCCCUCAAGGAGGUCCCAGCUGUGAGUACUACUUGGUGCUGGCCCAGACACACAUUCUUAAGAAGGACUUUGCCAAGGCAGAGGAAUACCUCCAACAAGCGGCCCAGAUGGACUACCUGAGCCCCAAUGUCUGGGGCCUGAAGGGCCAUCUCUAUUUUCUGAGUGGAAAUCAUGCUGAGGCCAAGGCAUGCUAUGAACGAACCAUUAGCUUUGUAGUGGAUGCUUCUGAAAUGCACUUCAUCUUUCUGCGACUGGGACUCAUCUAUCUGGAAGAGAAAGAGUAUGAAAAGGCAAAGAAAACCUACAUGCAAGCCUGUAAGAGAUCACCUUCAUGCCUUACCUGGCUAGGACUGGGAAUCGCCUGCUAUCGGCUGGACGAGCUCACAGAGGCUGAGGAUGCUCUCUCUGAAGCCAAUGCAUUGAACAACUACAAUGCUGAAGUAUGGGCAUAUCUGGCUCUGGUCUGCCUGAAAGUUGGACGGCAAUUAGAAGCUGAGCAGGCCUACAAGUACACGAAAAAGCUAAAAUUGAAAGAUGAGGCUCUGCUUGCAGAGAUCCACACAGUACAGGAAACCGUUGGCUUUGGAAAUCCAUCUUUCUGAUACCUCUCCAGCUGAACAAUUUUCUAUAUGAGACUCUGAGUUCCUUUCCUUCCCAGAGAGUUCCACACCAUAUGAAGCCUGGAAAUGGGCUGCUGGGUUUGUAAAAAUAACCUACAAAAGAAUCUUCACCAUAAAUAGAGACCCAUUCAUUUCUUUCCAUUGGCUGUGUUACUGGAUGUUUUACUGGUUGAUAAGAAACUGGGUCACAAUAAAGAAUGAAAAUGUGAAACUCAAAA